UUGUAUUACGCGCGCUGAUCAGUGGGUGGCAGUAAAGAGCCGUACAACGCGCGUGAAUGUUCUGAAAACAAAAAGAAGAAGAAGUACAGCGGCGCUAGUACAUAAACUGUAGUUAGCCAUCGCUAGCGGAAAAACAAGGCACUCAAAUUUACCACAACACGUUUUCAUUGAGGCAAAAUGCCUCGUUAUGCGCAGCUCGUGAUGGGCCCGGCAGGUAGCGGUAAGAGCACCUACUGCUCCACCAUGAUCCAGCAUCUAGAAAGCCUGAACCGCUCAGCUCAGGUGGUCAACCUGGACCCAGCAGCUGAGCACUUUGACUACGCUGUCAUGGCAGAUAUUCGCGAACUCAUACAGGUGGAUGAUGUGAUGGAGGACGCUUCUCUCAGAUUUGGCCCCAACGGAGGCCUGGUCUUCUGCAUGGAGUACUUCGCUAACAACUUUGACUGGCUCGAGGAGAGUCUGGGUCACGUAGAGGAUGACUACAUACUAUUUGACUGUCCAGGUCAGAUUGAACUUUACACACACCUCCCUGUAAUGAGGCAGCUGGUGGAGCAGCUCCAGCAGUGGGAGUUUCGGGUGUGUGGGAUCUUUCUGGUGGACUCCCAGUUCAUGGUGGAGUCUUUUAAGUUUAUCUCAGGAGUCAUGGCUGCCCUCAGUGCCAUGGUGUCGUUAGAGAUCCCUCAAGUAAACAUCAUGACAAAAAUGGACCUACUUAGUCCCAAAGCCAAGAAGGAGAUUGAGAAGUAUCUGGACCCAGACAUGUACUCGAUGAUGGAAGAUAACUCGGAUUCAAUCAAAAGCACAAAGUUCAAAAAGCUGACUACAGCCAUCUGUGGUCUCAUUGAUGACUAUAGUAUGGUGAGAUUCCUACCGUUUGACCGCACAGAUGAGGAAGGUAUUAACAUAGUUCUGCAAAACAUUGACUUCUCUAUACAGUAUGGAGAGGACCUGGAGUUCAAGGAGCCAAAGGAGGUUGAUGAAGAGCCUGCUAACCUGAAUUAUGACGAGGCUUUUCAAGACGAAGGGGACAGCUGAGGAGUAGUGUGACUUAAGGAAUUUCACAAAAAGAGACCUGUCAGAGUCAAUAAGAAACAUUUCCGGCUGAUGACGAACCAGGAUAUAUACUACAUGAAGAGCAGAUUAAGAAUAGCAUGUGACUGCAAGGACAGUAAGAAAAGGGACAUGUGUUGGGAACAUGCAGAUUGAAGAUCAUGAAUAUCUUGUGUCAUGUAUGUUCAUAGGUUUUUGUUGUAUGCAAUUGCGAUGACUCAAGAAAUUUACGAUAUAAACCCAGUCAUGUUUCAUUAUUAUUUUAAGACGAUGUUUACUUUUAAAGAGUUGUUAUGAAAUACAUUUAUUAAUGCUAUAUUUUUAAAUAAAAAAAAUACACAAACA